AUGAAGUCGGUUGAAUCGCCCAGAUCAACGAUUCCACAUGGAGCACUCUUCGCCCCAACGCGUAAAUUUCGCGAGGAUAUCGCCUUCAUCCGCGGAUUGGCCAUCCUUUCAGUGCUCGGCUACCAUUUUUGGCCCGAGGUUUUUGGGCUCGGGUUUAUCGGGGUGGAUAUAUUUUUCGUUUUGUCUGGGUAUCUGAUAAUGACAAUAUUGGCCGAGGAUAAGUCGAGUCUCAAGGCAAAGCUGAUCAAUUUCUAUUACAAGCGUAUAAAGAGGAUAUGUCCGCUUUACUACAUGGUCCUGAUGGCGAUAGUGAUUUCCUGUUUCUUUGUGUACAGCGGUGUAUGGCUGGCCCAAUUCUUCCCGUAUUUUAUGAGCGUCAUAUUGAUGAGACUAAACUUGAGGCUCUACGCGAGUGAUGGAGACUAUUUUGCUGAGAGCACCGAGAACCUCCCUUUUGUUCACACGUGGUCCCUCGCCGUCGAGAUGCAAUUCUAUUUGGUGGCUCCUUUCCUUUGCUACUUAACUGGCUUUAAAAUCGAGUAUAAGACGCAGAUCAUCUGGGAGGCCUUGGAGAAAAAGAAGCCCAAGGUGGUGUUUGUGAUCUUGAGGUACAACUACUUUCGCGGGGACCUGAAGUCGUUCCUCGGCGAGAAGGACGGGAUACUGGCGUAUUAUCAAAAAGCUGUCGAUCGAUUAUCUCUGGGCUGGAUUGGGGUCGAUGUAUUUUUCGUGCUCUCCGGUUACCUGAUCAUGCAAAUAUUGGCACAGGACCCUCCUUCGGCCAUCUACGUCUACAGCUCGAUUCGGUUGUCCCAAUUUUUUCCACACCUAAAAUCGGCGAUAUUGAUGGGACUGAAUCUGGAGAUGCUCACUAGUGAUGGGGACUAUUUUGCGGAGAAUAUGGACGACUGCCCAAGUAUAUCAAUCUACACGAGUAGCGGGCUCCUGAAAAUCACGAUGCUAACCCAAUUAUCCGUCUCUUUACUAACCCUCCUCUCGAUGGCACUGACAACCCGACGAAUCCUGGGCUCUGUUUUCAUGAAUCGAGGCUUUCAAUGGCAUCUCCUUGUUUGUUACGCCAUCUGUCUCGUGCAGACGUUCGCCACGAUCGCUUUGCAGGCCGGCUACCUGAGCCUUCAUCUCUUCUGGCCAACCUGCCAGGCGACGAUGCCCGGAUAUUUGUGUCGAGGGCUACAAUACGCCAAAUCGGUGCCAAUCAUGGGGCUGCCCGUAAUCAACUUUGCGCUCAGCUUGUGCCGGCUGAUCGACUUUUUCAGGAAUUUCAAGAAGGGCAAAGGCGAGGCAAUGCUGCAACCAGUUUUCACGAUUGUUGGGGCCCCAAUGUACUUCAUCUUGCUCGGCCCGUGGCUCUUGCAUCAUCUUGUCCAACGCAGCGAGGAGCGUCGAAAACGGGAAUCCAAAGACUUAUUAUCUAUCGAAAAGAACGCGAAUUCCCUAUAUUUCUCGCAACUCGCCUCCCAAUGGCAUAAUCCACUACCGCCUGUCAAAGCCCCGGAGAAGAAUUGG